AUGUCACAAACACCAAUAUCAUCGAAACAAACUCUUGCAUUUCAAUCUGCAAAGAGAACCUUGACUGAAACUUCUCCCGAUGAAAUGCCAGGCUCGUCGAAAAAACUGGUGGGAAAUAUACAGGUUUCAGAUUUAAUGAAUAUGAUGCAAAAGUCAAUGGAAGGUAUUAUGGAUGAAAAACUCAAAAAUCUAGCUACAAAGAGCGAUUUUGAGGAUAUUAAAACUAACGUCGCAGAAAUCGAUAAGAAAUGUGAAGAUCUGAAAAAUGAAAAUGAAAUAUUACGAUCUGAAAUCAACAAGCUAAAAGCAGAACGCGAAAGAGACAAUGAAAAUUUAAGACGUCUAGUUGACCAGAGUAAACGCAAAAAUGUUAUAUUCAAAGGCAUUAAGAAACAAGGCUCACCGAAAAAUUCUGUUGAAAAUGUCUGUAUAAACGUUUUGAAACUUAAUGAUUUGAAAAUUAAAAUGGCAAGAACUUUAUAUACAAACAAUGGAAAAAUUGGAGUUGUAGCUGAAAUGCAGACGGAGGAAAUGAUCGAAAUUGAGGAAGACCAGAAAUCAACUUUUUAUGCGGGUUUGGAGGAAAGAAAAUCCAAGGAUGUCGAAAUAAAUACCAGAGGAAAGAAUUUCAUCGACUUUUGCUAUGAUCAUGGUUUGCUGAUAACAAAUGGCAUGACUAAAGGGGAUGAAUGUGGAGAAUUUACAUUUGUGAGCACAGUUGGAGCGUCAGUGAAUGACAUAUGCGCAGUCUCCCAUAAUCUUCUUUCAAACGUUGAUGAAUUUCGAAUCGAAAAUAAAACCUGGUCUGACCAUAUGCCAAUAAUAUUAUCAUUAAAUAUCAAACUACAAAACGAAAAAGAAACCUUAAAUACACUUCUGCCAAAGCUAAAGUGGAAUGCAAAUAAAGCAUCAGAUUAUCAGAAUAAAGUAUUGGAACUCAUCGAAAUAAGUGGUAAUCAAGGUACUUUUACCUUUUCAGAUGUAACGAAUCUUAUUAAAGAUGCAUCAAAAAUCUUCUUCAAAAAAACACCUAAUUUUGCGAAAAAUGAAAAAUGGUUCAAUACAAGAUGCUACAAUGCUAGAAAAACUUCCAUGAAGAAACUUAACAGAUUCCGGAAAGACUCUACAAUAGAGAACAAACGCAAAUACCUAGAAAGUAAUCGUAUAUAUAAAGAUGCAUGCCGAUUGGCUAAACUGCAAUAUUUCAGCAGUUUAGAAAGAAAACUUGAUAAUGUCAAAGAUAGCAAAGAUUGGUGGAAAAUAGCUAAGGAAAUCCGAAAUGAUACAAAUAAUCAAAGAGGAAUAUUCGUCGAACCAAACGACUUCAAACGGCAUUUUGAAAAAUUGCUCAACCCACCGCAAACAUCACCAGAUAUCCAGUACGCUCCAAACUUUUUCAUAGAUGAUGAUUUGGACAAGCCUAUUUCAAUGACAGAGCUAAAGAACGUCUUAAGAAAAUGUAAAGUAAAUAAAGCUCCAGGAGAAGAUCGUAUUCCAUACGAGUUCUACAAAAAUGCUCCAGAACAAUUGCUACAGGAAAUCCUGUGGCAUGUGUCGAGCAAGGAUGAUGAUGACGGCGACUACAACGCAGAUGAUGAUGACGAUGCUGCUGCUGCUCAAGCUGUUGGCAUUUUAGUGGGCGGCAUUUAA